AUGGUUUCACUUCAGAGGAAUUUCUCUUUGACGGCUGACGAAGACGACUUUUCUCUGGGCGUGCUUAGAUACGACCAAGCUGGAUUGACCGAUGCUUUAAGUGGAUGCACCUCAUCAAAUCUGAACGAAAGGAAGGAUGGUCUACGAUCAUUGUUGGAAAUCCUCAAAUCACGCCGAAAUAUUCCCCAACAGGAUAUAAAGAAGAUUUGUGACGUUCUCAAUAAGCUUCUUACCGAAGGGAAUCAUAAGUUAAUGUCUACUGUGAUGGAUAUUUUGAACGUAUUCGUAUCAUCCUAUCAUGACAGCUUAGGAGAAUGGUUGCAGUUCCUCUUGUUGAGGCUGCUUCAUAAAAGCGGAGUCGAGAUUCUGCCAACUGUUGUGCAACCAUUGAACAUGGCUUUGAAAGCUGUUCGCACGACAUUCCGACCGGAGCUUCAGUUGGUAGCUAUUUGCAAGAAUAUUCAGGAUCCUAUUCAAACACCGCCAGUGAAGGUGAAGGGCGCGACGCUAAAUUAUUUGCACGAAUUAUUGCAAGGAAUGGAACAAGGAGCAAGUCUCAAUCGCGACGAAAUUCGGGCAGCAGUUCAAAAAAUAUUUCAGUGGAUGGAAGAUCCGAAGAAUGUUUCCGUUAAAGUUGCUUGUGAACGUGUGAUAUAUGACUUCUUCUCACUGAAUACUGCUGACUUCUCCACAAUUCUCUCCAGUUAUCCGCCGCAAUGGCGAGAAUUUGCAUAUAGCCUCCUUAAGAAGAACAAGCCGAGUGACGGCAUAGUACCGAGGUCUCCAUCUGCAGCCCCAGUACGUGACGCGAUUUCCGACAUGUCCGCCCAAAUCACCGACUUUGUGGAUAAUCGUGGUAUGAUGGGACCAAUGGCGACAUCGGCCAAUCUCUCGUGUAAUUCACCGAAUAUUUCCCAUUUCCUCAACGGCUCGUCCAGACUUCUGUCUAUGACCAAUGAGGCAGAUUUGAGCACAUCAAUCGUGGCAGACCUUGAAACAACAAUGUAUCUGAAGGACGACACGAAGCUGCAGAAUGAGUUCAUCGCAAAUCUCUUGAAGGAACUGUCGUCUUUGGAUCCCCUCAGGUUGCUUGAAACAACAAUGUAUCUGAAGGACGACACGAAGCUGCAGAAUGAGUUCAUCGCAAAUCUCUUGAAGGAACUGUCGUCUUUGGAUCCCCUUAGGCGUAACGAGCAAAAUCAUGCUCUACAAACACUGCAACAAAUGGUUAGCGAAGGUUCGCUGACGACUUGGGAGGAGAAUUUCAAAAGCAUCAUUCUGCAUAUAUUUAACGUGUUAGCGGUGAACGACGUGACGUUGAAGCGAAAUGCCCUGAAAUUGCUCACGAAAAUCUGUGUUGCGCAGGCAGUAAGUUUCUACGAUCUUGCGGAAAUGACGCUCUUCAAGGUAUUGGACUCGAUUUCGGAGGAGGAAAAUCCACAACUGCUGAACGUGGCCGAUGAAUGUCUGAGGACCUUAGCGACUCAUUUUCCUCUUCACGUUGUCAUUCGUGCGACGAAACCCAUUAUCGCUCAAGAGAAUGACAAUCGUGUUGGUCCCGCGCUAAAAAUGUUAACUCGCCUUAUCGAGUCGCUAGAUGUUGAAGAGCUAACAGCUAGAUUACCAGAAAUUGCACCUGGCGUUGUUAAUUGUUAUUCGAAUCCGCAGUCGAGCGUUCGCAAGUCGACUGUGUUUUGUUUGGUGGCGAUGGUGAACAAGCUCGGUCGAGAGCCGGUGAAUCCCUAUCUAGCUCCGCUUUCUAAUAGCAAGAUUCACCUGUUGGAAGUCUACAUUCAACGAACACAAACGUCAUCAACUCACUUCUGA